CAAGGACACGAUUGAUGUCACAGAAUAAUAUGGGGUGAAAUUUUUUCUUUUUCUGAUCUUCAGUUCUCUGAUUUUCCUUGUAUAAAAUGCAGGGGUUAUGGAGCUUUAUAGGGAAGAUUGGAACUGGUGCUGCCCAGAAUUUUCCAUAUGAAAUCGGGGAUAAAGUAGGGAAACUUGAAGACAAGUCUGUUUGGACAUUACAUGAGGGCAAAAAGAAAGGCACUGGAGAAACUGUGUCAGUGUUUGUUCACGAUGUCAAGUCAUCUUCUGAAGAUAAGGUUCAAACUGCUAAGUUAGCACUCAGAAGACUGAAAACUCUUCGCCAUCCUAAUAUCGUAAGAUACAUUGAUGCACUUGAGUCCGAAACAGUUAUUUACCUGGUUACAGAACCUGUGCGGCCAUUAGAAGUGCAACUUAAUGAUGAUGACAACUCUAAGUCUGACCUGGCCAUCUCUUGGGGAUUACAUCAAAUAACAGCUGGCCUCAGCUUCCUCACAAAUGACUGCAGUUUAAUUCAUGGUAAUGUGUGCAUGGCAUCAGUAUUUGUGGAUGUUGCAGGGGAGUGGAAGCUUGGUGGAGUAGAAUACCUGAAGCCUGUUGAUCCACCUCCUAACACUGAAGAACCUGAUCUACCUCGUCUACCAGUGCUACAAGUCUAUGAACCUCCUGAGGGAAGAAAAUUUAGUAAAGGCAACAAAAAGAUUGAAAAAUGGUCAGCAGAUAUGUGGGGUCUUGGAUGUUUAAUAUGGGAAGUCUUCAAUGGCUCUUUGUCCAGAACAGGUUCCCUGAAGUCUGUUGGCAAGAUUCCAAAGAGUCUUGUGCCAGAUUAUGUACAGCUUGUGGGUGCCAACCCUAAGAGCAGACCAAACCCUGCAAAAUUUCUACAGGAAUGUCGAGCACAUGGGCAUUACCUCAAAAAUAGCUUUGUCGAUGCAAACUUAUUCCUGCAAGAGUUACAGAUUAAAGAGCAGAAAGAACAGAAGCAAUUUUUCCAGUCACUCAGCUCCUCAUUGGACUUGUUUCCUCAACAAUACUGCAAACAUAGAAUCCUUCCUCAGUUGCUGAAUGCUUAUGAAUAUGGAUCAGCUGGUUCUGCUGUCUUGGGACCACUGUUUAAAGUUGGGAAACUCUUGGAAGCAGAUGAAUAUCAACAGAAAAUAGUACCAUGUGUGGUGAAGCUGUUCUCAUCCACAGACAGGGCCACACGCAUCCACCUACUACAGCAGCUUGAUAACUUUGUACAACACCUCAAGCCAUCGACAGUGGAUGAGCAGAUCUUUCCUCAUGUUGCUCUAGGGUUCGGCGACACAAUCCCAGCAAUGAGAGAACAGACAGUCAAGUCUAUGUUGCUUCUUGCUCCAAAGCUAAGUGAAAAGACAAUUAACAAUCAGCUGUUGAAAUAUUUUGCUAAACUUCAAAUGGAUCAGGAGCCUGGCAUCAGGACUAACACCACUGUGUGUCUGGGGAAAAUUGCAGUGAACCUCCCACCUGCUACCCGGCAGAAGGUCUUGAUACCGGCAUUCUUGCGGGCGUUACGAGAUCCGUUUCCUCCUGCUCGCACGGCAGGUGUGAUGGGCUUCCUUGCUUCAGCAGAGUAUUUCAGUUUAAAGGAGAGUGCCGCUAAGAUCUUACCAGCCUUGUGUACUCUGACGGUGGAUCCUGAACGUAAAGUUAGGGACCAGGUUUUUAAAGUUAUCAAGGUGCUUUUGGCUAAAAUUGAAAAAGCUUCAGAAGAUCCUGAGUCAGCUGUGAACCAAUCAGAAGGUGAGCAAGCCCCCGAGACAGGUGCCGGCGGCUCUUGGACAGGAUGGGCUGUCAGCUCCCUAACAUCAAAACUGUACCGAGGAGGAACUGCAGCAGGUGGCGCCACAGAACCGGCUGACAAAACUGUGCCUGGCAAAGACACAAACGCAGCAGACACAACGGCUGUCAGUCAAACAACAAGCACAGUGUCUCCAGAGACUAAACAGGCCACAGACAAAGACAAGGGUCAAGACUCGGGAAGUGAUUAUGGAGGGGACUGGAGCGAGGACGAGUGGAAUGAUGCUCAGGUAAGGGGAAAUGACUCUCUCGUAAAAAGCAAAACCGCCGCCACUGGUUCUGGAAACCUGAAAUCUUCUCACCAGAGUAAAAAGAAGUUAAGUGCAGAUAAACCGCCACAGUCGAAAGAGGCAGAAGACGACGCGUGGGAUGUAGGGGACUGGGGAUCGUUUGAAGAUUCUCCGCUGACCAGCAGUGCCCCUGCUGCAGAAGUACAGAGUAAAAAGUCCCCGGAUGAUGACUGGGGUCAAGACAAGUGGGAUGCGGAGGACUGGGGACAAGACAAACCCAGUAAAGCAGAGCUUGCGAAAAAGAAAAGAGAAGAAAGAAAGCAAAGACUGCAGGCACAAAAGGAUAAGCGGGCCGCGAGUGCAAAAGGGCCUAUGAAACUUGGAGCAGUCAAAAUGCAGUGAGAAUUUGAAACUAGUUAUACGACGUGCAGUAAUGUGUUUCUGUUCCCGUGUUUACAUUGAAAGGAACAGAUAGGCCUAAAGGUUGAAGACUUGAAUCUCGAAGGUGAUAUUUGUCAAAUUGCUCAUAGCGGAAGCCUGCCAUGGUGAAGGCGCUGGGACUUCGCUGAGAAUACUUCACUCGCCCUGCUAAUGUUUAGGACAGAAAAGGCGGCAGACCUUGAAGAAUGUCAAUGCUUUCAGCCUUUUCUUCGUCUAUUAAAAUGCAUGGGAUUAUCUGAUGGGGAAUCUUUCAUUUCCACCCUCCAUUUCUCAAUGAUAGCACAGCAGUCUCUUUCGGUCGUUCGUCAGUUCGUCGACAAAUCAAAUUCUUCUUUGUGUUUUUACUCCUCGAGCGUACGUUCGCUACCACUAGAUAGACAAUGAAGACAAUCUGGAUUUCAUAUUUUCGACGAAAAGACUACAUCUGUCGCAAAAAACAUUAUUAUUUUGAAAUUAAGAAUAUUUAAUAUAUCAAAUUUAUUUGAUAUCGUCUCCCCAUUGUGGGGUCCAGUGGUCGAUAAAUGAAGCAAAAUAUUGCCCAGCUAGAAAGACGCAUAAGCCAUGUCAUCAACAUAAUUCCAACUUUGCGAAAUACAACGUUGAAAGGAAAACAAAGAGAGAAAAUGAGAAUAGUCUGCGGGUACAGCUUAGGAAAAUAAUGAAAUAUUUGACAAUAUUUGACCGAAGUUCGGAACCAGGCUAUCCACUUUUCUGUUUUAAUGACAACGCCACGGGGAAAAUAAUUCUAUUAUAAUAUUUUUAAAGAGAAUAAAACAUAAUUCCAGAGUCUCUUGUUUGA